AAAAUCAUUGAGCCCAUGUGACUCCGUGAGGCCCACUAUUACAGUGGCCUCUGCUCGCAAAAGGCCCAAACAGUAAUUCGUCAUGGUGAGUGCAUUGAAUUCAAUCUUCCAACAAUGGGAAAUACAGGCACCGCAGAAUUCCUGGAAUAUCAGCGGCGACCCAUGCAACGGAGCUGCUCAGAGCCUAUACGAUUUGAACAAUCUGGCCAUCGCAUGUGAUUGCUCCUUCAACAGUGCUACUACCUGCCACAUCACCAGACUGAAAGUGGUUGCACUAAACAGAACAGGGGGGAUGCCGGCGGAGCUUUUGGCUUUCAAAUUCUUAACCUUUCUGUAUGGGAACUCGGGGCAAAUUACCUCACCGGUCCCUUACCGGCAUGGAUUGGGAAUUUAUCUACAUUGCAGCACUUUGAGUGCAUUGAACUCAAUCUUCCAACAAUGGGGCAUACAGGCACCGCCGAAUUCCUGGAAGAUCGGCGGCGAACCAUGCACCGGGACUGCUCUGAACCAAUACUAUUACAAUUCCAACAAUCCGGCCAUCUUAUGCGAUUGCUCCUUCAACAGUGCUACUACCUGUCACAUCACCAGACUGAAAGUGAGAGAACAGAACAUACGAGGGGUGAUGCCGGAGGAGCUUUUGGCUCUCAAAUUCUUAACCUUUCUGGACCUCGCGAUAAAUUACUUCACCGGUACCUUGCCAGCAUGGAUUGGGAAUUUAUCUACAUUGAAGUACUUGUCUGUUUGCAUCAAUGCGUUCUUUGGGCCCAUUCCUAAGGAGCUUGGAAAUCUUAAGGAGCUAACUUAUCUAGCCUUUAGUUUGAAUAAUUUCUCUGGAACGCUCCCACUAGAACUUGGCAAUUUAGUCAAACUUGAACAACUUUACGUUGACAGCUGUGGAGUUGGUGGUGAAGUUCCCUCAACGUUUGCUAACUUUCUAAGCAUGCAAGAAAUGUGUUUAUCAGACAAUCCUUUCACAGGGAAGAUACCUGAUUUCAUUGGCAACUGGACAAACCUUAAAUUAUUGAGACUUGAAGGGAACUACUUUGAAGGUCCUAUACUAUCCAGUUUUUCUAAAUUAACCUCUCUAGAAUCUCUGCGAAUCAUUGGUUUAUCCAAUGUGAGCUCUUCUCUUGAUUUCAUUAGAAAUUUAAAGAAGUUAACUACCUUAGUUUUAAGAAAUGCAUUAAUUACUGGUAGUAUUCCAUCUGAUAUUGGAGAACUCCAAUCUUUACAAAAUCUGGAUUUGAGUUUCAAUAACUUGACAGGCCAAAUUCCAAAUGCUUUGUUCAACAUAAGUUCUCUUACAUACUUGUUUCUUGGAAAUAAUAGUCUGUCUGGUACCAUCCCUGGCCAAAGGAGUGAAAAACUAAUGAAUAUAGAUUUGUCUUACAAUUUUCUGUCUGGAAGCUUUCCCUCAUGGGUAAACACAAACUUACAACUGAAUCUAGUAGCCAACAACUUCGCAUUUGACAGGUCAAGCGUAAGUCUUUUUCCAGGAUUGGAUUGCCUUCAAAGAAGCUUCCUGUGCAGCAGGAACUCUCCAGGCUAUGCAAACUUUGCAAUCAAAUGUGGUGGCCCAGGGAUGAUUGUGAAUGGGAUAACAUAUGAGACUGAAACCUCUUCUCUUGGCAUAGCAUCAUUUCAUGUAGCUGAUACUGAGAAAUGGGCAGUUAGCAGUGUGGGUUCGAUUACUGAUUAUAUUUUUGGAGCUGAUAGGCAAAACAGCUUUGAACCUGUGAGAAACACAAUCUCGCCAGAGCUUUAUUUAACUUCAAGGACGUCUGCUGGGUCACUCAGAUACUAUGGCUUAGGCCUAAAGAAUGGGCCUUAUAUGGUUAACUUGCUUUUUGCGGAAACAGUUCGCAGCGUUCUGGCAAAAAGGCGAGUUUUUGAUAUUUAUAUUCAGGGAAUCGUUGUAUUGAAGGAUUUUGACAUAUCAAACGAGGCAGGUGGGGAUGACAUAGCAAUCACUAAGGAUUUCAUUGCGACUGUGACAGAGAACCAUCUUGAAAUUCACCUAUUAUGGGCUGGUAAGGGAACUUGCUGCAUACCACAAGAAGGUUCCUAUGGACCAUCCAUUUCAGCAAUCAGCGUGGUAUCAAGUGUCACACCAAAAGAGAAUAGUUUCACACGAAAAGAGAAUAGUACUGGGUUGCUUGUUGGGGUUGCAGUUCCUGUCGGAGUUGUCACCUUCACCUUGAUAUUGCUAUUUGUAGUCUUCUACUCGAGAAGGAGAAAUGAUGAUGAUGAGAAUGGGCUUCUUGGAGUAGGACCCAGACCAAACACCUUCAGUUAUGCCGAGUUGAGAGCUGCAACAGAUGACUUCAGUCCCUCAAAUAAGUUAGGAGAAGGGGGAUUUGGUCCUGUAUACAAGGGUAAACUUUCUGAUGGGCGGGUAGUAGCUGUGAAGCAGCUUUCGGUAGCCUCUCACCAAGGGAAGAGUCAAUUUGUUACUGAGAUUGCUACCAUAUCUGCGGUGCAACACCGCAACCUUGUUCAACUGUACGGAUGCUGCAUCGAAGGGAACAGAUGCCUCCUUGUUUAUGAGUAUCUUGAGAACAAAAGCCUUGACCAAGCACUCUUUGGAAAAAGAGACUUGCAUCUUGAUUGGCCAACCAGGUUCAAUAUCUGCGUGGCAACUGCAAGAGGACUAGCUUAUCUUCAUGAGGAAUCAAGGGUGAGGAUUAUACACAGAGACGUGAAGGCAAGUAACAUUUUGCUUGAUGCGGAGCUGUGUCCAAAAAUAUCUGACUUCGGAUUGGCAAAGCUAUAUGAUUACAAGAAAACUCACAUCAGCACCCGGGUUGCAGGAACUAUUGGCUAUUUGGCACCAGAGUAUGCAAUGCGUGGCCACCUCACUGAGAAGGCAGAUGUUUUUAGCUUUGGUGUUGUUGCUUUGGAAAUUGUCAGUGGAAGACCAAACUCUGACAACAGCCAGGACAAUGACAAGAUCUAUCUUCUUGAACAGGCAUGGACUCUGUAUGAAAGCAACCAAUGUCUUGGUCUGGUGGAUCCAACCCUAGUGGAGUUUGAUGAAAAUGAAGCUUUAAGAAUGAUAAGAGUGGGACUCCUGUGCACGCAAGCAACACCAAUGAUGCGACCACCCAUGUCAAGGGUUAUAGCUAUGCUUGCUGGGGAUAUCGAAGUGAGCCCUGUUGCAUCAAAACCAAGUUAUUUAACUGACUGGGAUUUUGAGGACAUAACAGCCAGCAUCGAGGCUGAAAACACAUAAUCAACUAGAUCUGAGCAUGGUGAUAACAAGAACAAGAACGAUCUUAAUCCAGGGAUAGAGCUGAUGCCUUCUCCAUGAAACAUUACUGAAUUCAGUGGCAUUAUUGUGGAAGGAAGGUGAGAGAUGUUUUUCCUUAAAAGCUCCAUUUUGCCACUUCUCUUGCUUGACCUCUGCCACAUAUUUUCUAGCUCAAUAAAAUGGAUACUGAAAUUGUGUGAAUUUCUGUCAUUCGAACGCUUUCCUUUAUAUGUUGAUCAUUUCUCUUCGUGUAAAUUGAACUGAGAUAUUGAAAUAUUGGCAUGCAAUAAGGCUGCAGUGUUUGUAACUCAUGGAUGUCAUUCCUAUCAUCUAGUAAUAUACUUCAAAGCUAUAC